CGUUCAAUAAGCACAAGCGAACAGCUGGUUAUCAUCGGCACUCGACUGAAGAAGAGCGGAAAAAACCCACCAACACUCUCAAGCAAGAUGGCUGCCAUGGUAGCGAAACGAUCGUCGGCGGUUGCUGUUCGAUCGCUCUGCCGGAUGUACGUCCUGUCAUCGGCGUCACCGGCGAGCUCGCGGCUCUUCCGCCCGGGACAGGCGUUGUGCGCCUAUUCCACCACGAAACAUCCCUUCCAGGGUGGUAAUGGCACCACCGAGGGGGGCAAUGGUACGAGCAGCCCAACCGGCCACCUGACCAUGAGCAGCAGCAGCAAGCAGCUGUCAACGGCCGACAUCAAGAAGAUUCCCGACGCGGAGGUUCGCAAAUCCGUCUUUAUCUCGCAGUCGAACGAUGUCUUCACGAACCUGGCGCUGGAGGAUUGGAUCUAUCGGAACUUUGACCUGACCCACCAUCACAUACUGAUGCUGUGGAUUAACAAACCGUCGGUGGUGAUCGGCCGGCAUCAGAAUCCGUUCUCGGAGACGAACGUGUCGGCACUGGCACGCAAUGGGAUCGAGCUGGCCCGGCGCAACAGUGGCGGCGGUGCCGUCUACCACGAUCUGGGCAACCUGAACUGUACGUUCUUCAUGCCGCGGGCCCGGUACGAUCGGAAGUACAACCUGACGCUGCUGACGCGCGCCCUGUACCGGGAGUACGGCAUCAAUGCGGAGCUGUCCGCGCGGGACGAUAUCGUGCUGCUGGGCAAAAAGAUAUCCGGCACAGCGGCAAAACUGGGCCAACCGAACGCUUAUCACCACUGUACGCUGCUGGUUAACUCGAACAAACUACACCUGGGUGCAUCCCUCGAGAAAGAUAACGUCGAAAUAACAAGCAAGGCUACCGCUUCCAUUCCAUCGCCAAUCAAGAACCUCGUGGACGUAAACCGAACCGUAAACAUCCAGCAGCUCCUAUCGGCCAUCGGCUACGAAUUCUUGCGCACCCCGGCCACCCAGCUAACCGACGGGGGUCGCGAGCUGCUGAUGAAGCAGCGCGGCUUCCAGCUGAUCAAUCCCACCGACAAAUGGUUCCCGGGCAUUACCGAGCUGCGCGAGAACUUCGCCUCCUGGGACUGGCGGUUCGGCAAGACGCCGAACUUCUCCGUCCAGAAAACGAUCCAGCUCAAAUCGACCACGGCCGCCCACCAGCAGGAGAUGAAGGUGAAAGUUGACGUCGAAAAGGCACUGAUCAAGGAAAUUAGUCUCAUCCUGCCGAACCACGAACCGAUCCCGGUCGUGUCCGAUAUGGUGGGCCGGGCGUACAGCGAGGACUGCUUCCACGGCAUCGCGGAAGCGCUGAAGGGUGCCAGCACCGAGAACAUGCAGCAGGCGAUGGGCUUAUGAAGGUUGGUCCUGCCAGCGACGGGCGCCGCCGUACCCUCUGCCUCGUCGACGGGCGUCGGUACGGAGGACAGUUGAAAGCGAAACGUCGUCGCUGACUCACUUUUCUUUUCAAACGACCCUCGUUCUCUCUCUCUCUCUCUCUCGUUGUAAGACCCCCUUCAAUUUGAAAUUCAAAAACAGCACCGGAACAAACAAACAGCUGGUGCGCGCGCGAGCACACGCUGCUUACGAAGCGACACAGUUAGAAUAGUUAGAAGGCUUGUCCUCCUCACACACCACCACCUAGCAGUAGUUAGUAACAGUAGAAAGAAGGGCUCGAUCGAUCGAUCGUACGAUCGCAUUGCAGUAGUCGGCGGGUUCACGACAACCCUGAACUAUUAGAGGCGGGAUGGUGGGAGGUGACUUUCUGAGCGCCCUUCUUAGGGUGUCUUGGUACGAAGGGGGAUUAGAAAAGCAAAUGUCAUAAUGCCUACCGGAAACCGGCCUCCUUCUUCAAGCGAAAAGCCAGUAAACAACAGUUUGAACGGAGUGAACGAAAAAACAACAAAAAAAGCGUCGCCUGCUGUGGUCAAUCGAUCGACCUUGCAUAACACACGCCGGCCAUAUUGCACCAACAGGCUAAUCAGCUGUUGUUUGUCGAAGAGAGGUAGAGCAAGGCAAAAUGCAAUCGAAGCAAAUCCGUUUUACCAUCCAUCAUGGCCCUUGCGCAUGCGUCAUCCGCUUUCGAUUUAGCUCAUUUGUUUGUAUUAGUUUUUACUUUUAAACCCUUUUUGACCAACAAUCGAGCGUGAGACAGAGAGAGUGAAAAAGAGAAAGAUGAGUAUAAGGAAAAGUCUGGAAACUAAUGCACCGCGCGCAAUCAGAUGAUCUGCAGAGCGAACCUGUUUACUUGCUUUAUAAUUAUUACUCUUUGCGCCGUCGUCGCGGAUCUUUUUAGUUUGUGAAAUUUGCACGUAGGCGCCUUAGGUCGUGCUGUGCUGGUGUGUUAGUGGAACCUGAUUGCCUGAUCUUUCUUUAAUGUGAUCUUGAGGAUAGAUAGGAGAGGCGAAAUUGUGAUUAGGCUUAAAAAUGACCGAGUGUAGAACCCCCGGGGGCGACAAAUCCCCAUUGGAAAACCUUUUUGACCUUUUUGGACUCAACGAUAGUGCUCUACCGAUCAGGAAUCCUCUGUUUUUUUAAGUCUCCCAUUUUAAUCCGCAACAAAAGUAGUGUAGUCCCAGUGGCAUUGGCAGGGCGCGACGGACGGGGCAUGCACACGCCGCUAGUAGUAUGUAGUGUACGACAUGCUUAUUGAUUAUUCUCCAUCUUUAUUAUUGCGGUUAGAUUUAGUUACGAGCUUCCUGUGCCGGCACAAUGCCGGCUUACCGUUUUGCAAGCAGCAAGGGGGGCGGAAGCAAAGUUACAUCAAGAAUGCGAUCAUAUCAUUUCGUCGUCCCGCUACCGACACACACAUCCACACACACCGCUAGCAAGUUUUAGUUGGAUGGUGGGGUUGUGUGUCUGUUCGCUUACGUCUAGGUUUUACUACUCUACUUACUUGUUUGACUUUGACGUGUUCCUGGAUGGUUCGUGUACUGUUUUUGACCUGACCCUAGUAUCCUAGUGUAGCGCUUUCCUAUGCUUUACUUUCGAUUUUGCUUUCCUAUUUCAACCGUAGAGUGGUAGUACUGCAGAAGCCUAGUGUUCAUGGGAAGGAGUGCGCAGUGUAGCGUUAAGUUGAUAGUGUACUUUUUGGAUUAAUCCCGCAACCCGUUGUUCAUAGAUUGUUGAUCAUAAAAGACCAAAUAAGAUAGGCGAUAGGGUAACCUUUAAUAAAAGAAUUAAUGUUGAAAAUGAAA